AAGUGCGCGAAUAUGUGUGCAAGCAGGAAAGCGAAGGGACUUUAAAUGAUUCCGCUGAGUUAAACAGGCUUAACGGGCAGCCGUUUGUUGCUGGCGAGGCUCCCUAUAAACUACACUCGUCGGGAUAGCUAGAUUUUUGUUGGGUGAUUUGUUUUUUCUUUUUGAUUGUUCGUUUUAGCUAGCCAUUGGCGAAGCUGGCUAACCAACGUUAGCUGAGCUAAGUUAGCUGUAGCGACAAAGCGGCCUGGAACUGAAACCAAACAAAAAUACAGCGGAUAUUGUAUAAAUACAGUGUUCUAGUUAUAAAACAAGGGAAGAUAACGUUCUAAGGGUUUUGAUGAUUUCACGUUACCUGUCUUUAACUGUUGGUUUAGAGACACCAGUUGGUUGAUUGGUUCGCUAACGUUGCCUACUUUAUCUGAAGAGCAGAAAUGGUGUGGAAUUAUUAGCUAAUAUUAGCUAGCUAACUAGCUAUGUGACAAGUAGCUGGCUAGCUAGCUGGUGUUCAAAGACGAAAGCGAGAGCGGGUAACGUUACAGGAUUGAACUCUUACUGACGAAAGCUGAAGCGGUUUUCCUCCCGACGAUAAGCCAUGUCGAUACGUUCGUGAAUAAAUUAAAGUUAGUUGGCUAUUAGCUAGCUAAUUUAGGUUCACUGACUGUAAUAAUCUAUGAAAGCAGCUAUGCAACGGCAAGCUAGCUAAGUUAGCAAACUUACUUUAGCUAGAUAGCAACCCAACUUAGAAGUUAGCCAUUGAGCUAACCAGCUAAGCUAACGUCUGUGUAUACUUUAAAACAUCGAGCUUGCAAGUUAACUUACAAAAUUGAUUAGACGUGUGUAAAUUGUUCGUUUUUGUUGGGAAGCCACUGUUUGUCAGUGGUACAUAAUCUAGGUCUGUUUAGCGUAGGUAACGUUAGCACGCCUGCCAACGGCUUGGAAAUGGAGAAUCGAGGAAGAAGUCAGCCGUGGGGAAAGCUAGUGAAAGUUGACACUGGUUCUGAAUCAGAAAUUUUGCUUGUCAACAGAGAAUGCACAGUCGGAAGAAGGAAAGGCUGUGACCUGUCCUUUCCUGCAAACAAGCUGGUCUCAGGCGAUCACUGCAAGAUUGUGCAGGGCGAGAACUCAGGGGAGGUGUGGCUGGAGGAUAUGAGCACCAACGGCACCGUGAUCAACAUGUCAAAGCUCGUUAAGAAGCAGAUGCACCCCCUGCGGAGCGGUGACGUCAUCUACUUCGUUUACAGGAAGAACGAGCCGGAGCAGAACAUUGCGUAUGUUUAUCAGUCUAUUCCACCGGAGACGGCAAGUUUUCAAACCACAACUGCGGGAGUAGCCAGUGGUGUGAGGGAGGGAGAUUCUGUCGCGCAGGAUCUUGCCGAGGGCGGGCCGGACCCUCCCCAGGCUGUGCCCCCCUCCCCCACCCGGCCCCACACCCCAGCAGCCCCUGUCCCAGAGGAGCCGCAGCCUUCCACCUCCACCUCCCACCUGUACCCCGCCCCGGCCCCCGCAGCCUGCCCCCCUGCAGCCUGCGCUCCAGGGCGUGGGAGUUCCAAUGAGUCAUCCCUCCCUACCCACAAUGCACCUGAAGGGGAGGUGGUGGAACCCAGGCUGAAGCAGGCGCAGGAGGCGCAGAGCCACGCCCCGCCUCACUCCAAGGGGGACGAGGAAGAGGGGCCCGAGAGGAAGAGGAGGAAGACUGGCACUGAUAAGGACUAUGACUUUGGCCUUGCCGACCCUGGGUUCAGUGAAGCGGAGAGCCCCCCUAAGGUGCCCCUGGGGGCCGUCGCAGGGAAGAGCGCUGUGGAGGGCACCAAAACAGACAAGAUGGAGGAGUCCCUGACCUGCAUCAUCUGUCAGGACCUGCUGCACGACUGCGUCAGUCUGCAGCCCUGCAUGCACACCUUCUGCGCUGCGUGUUACUCUGGCUGGAUGGAGCGCUCCUCCCUCUGCCCAACCUGCCGCUGCCCCGUGGAGAGGAUCCGCAAGAACCACAUCCUCAACAACCUGGUGGAGGCCUACCUGCUGCAGCACCCAGAGAAGAGCCGCAGCGAGGAGGACAGGAAGAGCAUGGACAAGCGCAACAAGAUCACUCAGGACAUGCUGCAGCCAAAGAUCGAGCGCUCCUUCUCCGACGAGGAGGGCAGCUCCGAUUACCUCUUCGACCUCUCCGACAACGACAGCGACACCUCCGACAUCAGUCAGCCCUUUGUGAUGUGCAGGCAGUGCCCGGGCUACAGGAAGGACCCCAUCCUGGCCCCCUGCUUGCUGGCGCCCCCUGCAGAGGAGGCAGGGGUAAAACCAGUGGGGGAGGUCCCCUCCACGUCCACGAAUGCCCCUGCAGCGCUCCAGGAAUACACCUGCUCACCACAAGGGGGCCACGUCAUCUGCACCUGCUGCCUGCAGCCCAUGCCGGACAGACGGGGCGAACUGAUUGGCCAGCAGUUCUCCGCGCAGCAGUGUACGGUGUGCCAGCGGCCCUUCUGUCACAUGUACUGGGGGUGCCAGCGAAUCGGAUGUCAGGGAUGCCUCGCUCGUUUCAGUGAGCUCAACCUCACAGAGAAAUGUCUCGACGGCGCCCUCAACAGCAAUAACUAUGAGUCCGAUAUCCUCCGGAAUUACCUGGCUUCCAGGGGAAUGACGUGGAAAGAGAUGCUUCAGGAAGGCCUGGUGGCGUUACAGCAGGGAACGUUUUACCUAUCAGAUUAUCGCAUCGCUGCUAACGCCGUGCUGUGCUACUGCUGCGGCCUCAGAGCCUUCAAAGAGCUGGCGUACAAAUACCGCCAGAACAUCCCCCCCACCGAGCUCCCGGCUGCUGUGACUUCACGCCCUGACUGCUACUGGGGACGCAACUGCCGCACCCAAGUGAAGGCCCACCAUGCCAUGAAAUUCAACCACAUCUGCGAACAGACGCGGUUCAAGAACUGAUGGGCCCUCCUCCGGGAUCUCCUAUUUGUGAAUGGAUUCAUUCUAUCUGGCAGAAAGAGAGGGAGAGGGAAAGAAAGAGAGAGGGGAGAUAAAGCCAGUCUGUCUACCUUUCGCAGGAAAUCGAUCUCGUAGCGAACCAUGCUGUUGAGCAAAACCUUGUCUCUGGACAAGCAGAAAAGUAACUUUAAAAAAGCUUAGAGUAAGAACCGAGUCUUCCCACAGGAUAAAACCAUAAUAGUCACAAAAGUUUUGUUUGUUUCUUUGGAAUUAAGCACUAAUUGAAGUUGUCAGUCACAGGGGAAAAACAAGAAGAGGGAGAAAUUUUCUGUCUUUUAACAAAAGCCUGAUCCGUUCUGACACUGGAGCUGUAGGGCGGUGUGUCAGAGAGCGCGCGGAACAUGGCCGCCAUCUCCUGUCGCAUCGACGUCCAUUUUGAUUCGUCUGCGUUUGUUUCGUUUUUGUCAGUAUUUCUCCUCACUGAGGACCGCCCUUCUGCCGUUCUUCCUCCUGUCUCUGUCUCGCACUCUCACCCGCGAGCGGCCGUGUGAACAUGGCGUGUGCGUGCGUGCGUGCGUGCGUGCGUGCGUGCGUGCGUGCGUGGAUGUGACAUCUGGGUCGCUCUUUUUCUUUUGCCUUUGUUAUUUUUUAGGGGGUUUUUUUUGUGUAUAUAAUUUCAUAUUUGUGCCUCUGGACAAAGUGAUAAACUGCCACCAUUGUCUUUAGGUUGUUUAGCUGGUAGUGUGAUAGAAAUAUUGUGCAUUCCAUUAUGAUUCUUUUAUUUGAAUUUGUGUAUUUUAUUAACGGGAUGCCUUGUAUUAUAGUUGGUGAGACAACCCAGAGACGUUUAAGUGAGUUGAGCAUCUUGGGCUAGUCCCCUUCUCUCCCUGUUGAGUCAGGAACGCGUAUCAUUGACCACCUUGCUAGCAUCCUCGUGUGAUGGCAGGAGGAUUAGUGUGGGCUUGUGGUUAAGCACAUCUAUGUAGUGACCAAUGAGUCUCCUAUGCAUUUUCUGCUGAGCCUGGUUGUGGUGCGUGCUGGUGGCACCGUCGGUUCAGUUACAGGCUGCUUCCGUACGUCUGAGACUGCUUACGGGAAAAAGAAUGCAAUCCCUAUUUAUUGGUAAAUGGAGGUGCCCCCCCCCC